GGAUCCUCUGAUGGACAAUCGGCCCCUAGCUAGCGGAAAAGGAUACCAAAUCAACUGGGACGAGGUGGACAGUAUGUCGGAUCCGUUCGGGAAGCGCGACCCCGCUGCUUCGAGGGGGAAUUCAGUGAGCGUGAAUUCCAUGGGUGAUGGCCCAGAUGAAACCCCGGUAACCACUGGUAUUCGGAAGCCCAACUCACCGUCUCAUCCUGUGUCAGCUGACGAUCCGUCAUAUCCACCUAAUUCUAGUCUAGUGAAUGGCAACGAGGCCAACCAUUUAUCUGAGAGCCCUUCACACAGCUCAGUCGACUUACCGGCGACGACAUCCUCAGGACAAACGGGUCCAGCCCCAGCGGAUUUAGCAGAGGCUCUCGAACGUGUCGCUAUUACAGAUACCCCGAGGUCAGACGAAGCAGAUGUGAGCUCCUCUUCACCCUUCCCUCCUCAUGUAUCGAGCGCCAGUUCUCCUUCUCCUCAUCCCAAUCAGGUGUUGAAUCGGAUUGAUUCAUCUACUCGACCUGCCUCUCCCAACCUCUCCGGUCUGCGUGGACAUCCCUCGGUAACAGAUGAUAUUGUGGACUCAAGCAAAAUAGAGGCCCCGGUGACUGAGAAUGAAGUACUGUCCCUGAGGAAAGAGCGAGAUGAUCUGGUGCGGACCAUCGAAGAAAUGAAGCGUUGCAUCGCUGAAUACGAUCGCAGUCUUCAACAUCUAGUUGAAGAAAAAUCUCGAGGCGACGCUCAUUUGAACGUCUCCAUGGCAGAUCUAAUGGCUGAACGUGAUCAGGCCGUGGAAGAGGUUGCGACUAUCGAGAAGGCUUUCGGUGAUUUACACCGACGGUUUGAGAAAUCGAAGCAAAUCAUAGAAGGGUUUAAGCAGAAUGAAGAAUCGCUCAAACGAAGCAUUGCGGAGUACAAAAGUUUACUACAACGACAAGAGACCAAAUACAUGGCUCUAAAGCAGCAUGCUGAAGAUAAAUUGCUAAAAGUCUCGCAAGAAACGGAGGCCGCUAAGCAAGAGGCGGAAACGAAUGCGGCUCGUUUACAGGCCUCUCUGCGAAUGCUUGAACUUCAGAACAGAAGUUUAGAAGCUCAGUUAGAACAGAAGAAACGCGAAAAUGCAGAAUUAACCAAAAUUUGUGAAGAACUGCUGAGCAAAUACAGUGGAACCGGGUGACGUCCUGCUCGAGCAGUGCGACAUUUUUAGCACACACACUGGCUGUUUUCUUUCAGAUUCAUCGAAUUUGCAUCCUUUUUGCAUAUCUUCACAACCUCUUUGAUGUUCAGUCUCAUUCUCUUUGGUGAAUCGCGAACUCUUCGAAAAUGAACGCCGUUCUACCGACCCUGAGACCAACCGGAAUAUUCAGCAUGUUAAAAAACUCUCAGCAUGUUUAGUUUUCCACUUUUUUUGCUUAUGACAGAUUGUAUGUAACUGUUAUAUUUUCUUCUUUCAGUUGGUUUUCUCAUCACAUCAUUCUUCUGCUCUCCGGUUCCUAUCCCAUCCCAGCGUAUCCCUGUGCUCCCAUCCCCACUGUAAAUAUAAAGAUUUUACCGAACCAUGUGG